CUCGAUCCGCUAGGUCACAGCCCCGCGCAGAGCGAGCAGACGACGAGGAGCGGCCCGGCCUCAACCGGCCCGGGAGCACCACGCAGACAGUCGGGCCGCGCCGCCGGGGCCCGCCAGCGCUGCGCUGACAGCCGCGCCCGCGUCCUCCCCGCCGGGGCGCUCGCCGGACAUGCCCCCGGGGCGCGGCGGCGGGGACCCCGGGGCUUGCCUCCGCCCAGGGCCCCCCGCUCCGCCCUCGAGCGCCCCGGGCCCCCGCUGAGCACGCCUCUCGCACGCCCGGAUCCCUCCGGCCGGCGCGCAGACGGGCCCCAGCGCUGUCGGUCCCCGCGGGGCGAUGGGCUGAUGGGCGCCGCGGGACGCAGGAUGCGGUGGGCGCCCGCGCGCCUGCUGCCGCUGCUGCAGUGGCUGCUGCUUUUGGCGCCCGAGAUCCGUGGCGCGCCCGGCUGCCCGGUCCCUAUCCGCAGCUGCAAGUGCUCAGGGGAGCGGCCCAAGGGGCUAAGCGGCGGCGCCCCCAGCCCGGCGCGCAGGAGGGUGGUGUGCGGCGGCGGGGACCUCCCGGAGCCUCCCGAGCCCGGCCUUCUGCCUAACAGCACCGUUACCCUGCUCUUGAGUAACAACAAGAUCACGGGGCUCCGGAACGGCUCCUUCCUGGGACUGCCGCUGCUGGAGAAACUGGACCUGAGGAACAACGUCAUCAGCACAGUGCAGGCGGGCGCCUUCCUGGGUCUGGGGGAGCUGAAGCGCCUAGAUCUCUCCAACAACCGGAUUGGCUGUCUCACCUCUGAGACCUUCCAAGGCCUCCCCAGGCUUCUCCGGCUAAACAUAUCUGGAAACAUCUUCUCCAGUCUGCCACCGGGAGUCUUUGAUGAGCUGCCAGCCCUUAAGGUUGUGGACUUGGGCACCGAGUUCCUGACGUGUGACUGCCGCCUGCGCUGGCUGCUGUCCUGGGCCCGGAAUCGCUCCGUGCAGCUGUCGGAGCGCACGCUCUGUGCCUACCCCAGCGCCCUGCACGCCCAGGCCCUGGGUGGCCUCCAGGAGGCCCAGCUGCGCUGUGAGGGGGCCCUGGAGCUGCACACACAUCACCUCAUCCCAUCCCUCCGCCAAGUGGUCUUCCAGGGCGACCGACUGCCCUUCCAGUGCUCGGCCAGCUACCUGGGCAAUGACACCCACGUCCGCUGGUACCACAACCGGGCCCCUGUGGAGGGCGACGAGCAGGCGGGCAUCCUCCUGGGCGACAGCCUCAUCCACGACUGCACCUUUAUCACCAGUGAGCUGACCCUGUCUCACAUCGGCGUGUGGGCCUCAGGCGAAUGGGAGUGCUCCGUGUCUACGGUCCAGGGAAACGCCAGCAAGAAGGUGGAGAUCGUGGUGCUGGAGACCUCGGCCUCCUACUGCCCCGCAGAGCGAGUCGCCAACAACCGCGGGGACUUCAGGUGGCCUCGAACUCUGGCUGGCAUCACAGCCUACCAGUCCUGCCUGCAGUACCCCUUCACCUCGGUGCCCUUGAGCGGGGGUGCCCCUGGCACCCGAGCCUCCCGCCGGUGUGACCGAGCUGGCCGCUGGGAGCCGGGGGACUACUCCCACUGUCUGUACACCAACGACAUCACCCGGGUGCUCUACACCUUCGUGCUGAUGCCCAUCAAUGCCUCCAACGCGCUGACCCUGGCCCACCAGCUUCGAGUAUACACGGCCGAGGCCGCCAGCUUCUCCGACAUGAUGGACGUUGUCUACGUGGCUCAGAUGAUCCAGAAGUUUCUGGGUUACGUCGACCAGAUCAAAGAGCUGGUGGAGGUGAUGGUGGAUAUGGCCAGCAACAUGAUGCUGGUGGACGAGCACCUGCUGUGGCUGGCCCAGCGCGAGGACAAGGCCUGCAGCGGCAUCGUGGGCGCCCUGGAGCGCAUUGGGGGGGCCGCCCUGAGCGCCCACGCCCAGCACAUCUCUGUGAACUCAAGGAACGUGGCCUUGGAGGCCUACCUCAUCAAGCCGCACAGCUACGUGGGCCUGACCUGCACGGCCUUCCAGAGGAGGGAGGCCGGUGCGCCAGGCACCCGGCCCUUGGGUCCCGGCCAGAACCCCUCCCCGGAGCCGGAGCCCCUGGCCGACCAGCAGCUCCGCUUCCGCUGUACCACGGGGAGGCCCAACGUUUCUCUGUCGUCCUUCCACAUCAAGAACAGCGUGGCCCUGGCCUCCAUCCAGCUGCCGCCCAGUCUGUUCUCGUCUCUCCCGGCUGCCCUGGCCCCCCCGGCCCCCCCAGACUGCACCCUGCAGCUGCUCGUCUUCCGAAACGGCCGUCUCUUCCGCAGCCACGGCAACACCUCCCGCCCUGGAGCCGCUGGGCUUGGCAAGAGGCGCGGCGUGGCCACCCCCGUCAUCUCUGCGGGAACCAGUGGCUGCAGCGUGGGAAACCUGACUGAGCCGGUGGCUGUUUCGCUGCGGCAUUGGGCUGAGGGGGCCGAGCCCGUGGCCGCUUGGUGGAGCCAGGAGGGGCCGGGGGGGCCCGGGGGCUGGAGCUCUGAGGGCUGCCAGCUCCGCUCCAGCCAGCCCCACGUCAGCUCCCUGCAGUGCCAGCACCUGGGCAACGUGGCCGUGCUCAUGGAGCUGCGCGCCUUCCCCAGGGAGGUGGAGGGCUCAGGGGCAGGCCUGCACCCCGUCGUGUACCCCUGCACGGCCCUGCUGCUGCUCUGCCUCUUCUCCACCAUCAUCACCUACAUCCUCCACCACAGCUCCAUCCAUGUGUCCCGGAAGGGCUGGCACAUGCUGCUGAACCUGUGCUUCCACAUGGCCAUGACCUCCGCCGUCUUUGCGGGAGGCAUCACACUCACCAACUACCAGAUGGUCUGCCAGGCGGUGGGCAUCACCCUGCACUACUCUUCACUGUCCACACUGCUCUGGAUGGGGGUGAAGGCCCGUGUCCUCCACAAGGAGCUUACCUGGAGGGCACCACCUCCACAAGAAGGGGAUGCUGCCCUGCCUGCCCCCCGACCCAUGCUCCGGUUCUAUUUGAUCGCGGGAGGGAUCCCACUCAUUAUCUGUGGCAUCACAGCCGCUGUCAACAUCCACAACUACCGGGACCACAGCCCCUACUGCUGGCUAGUGUGGCGCCCAAGCCUAGGAGCCUUCUACAUCCCCGUGGCUUUGAUUCUGCUCAUCACCUGGAUCUAUUUCCUGUGCGCGGCGCUGCGCUUACGGGGUCCUCUGGCACAGAGCCCAAAGGGGGGCACCAGCAGGGUCUCCCUGGAGCCAGGGGAGGAGCUGAGGGGUUCCACCAGGCUCAGGAGCAGCGGCCCCCUCCUGAGUGACUCGGGUUCCCUUCUGGCCGCUGGGAGCGCAGGGGUGGUGACGCCCGGGCCCCCGGAGGAGGGUGACGGUCUCUAUUCUCCAGGAGCCCAGCUGGGGGCGCUGGUGACCACGCAUUUCCUCUACCUGGCCAUGUGGGCCUGCGGGGCUCUGAGCGUGUCCCAGCGCUGGCUGCCCCGGGUGGUGUGCAGCUGUCUGUACGGGGUGGCGGCCUCCGCCCUGGGCCUCUUCGUCUUCACCCAUCACUGUGCCAGGCGCAGGGACGUCAGGGCCUCCUGGCGCGCGUGCCGUCCCCCCGCCUCGGCCUCCCGAGCCUCCCCGCGGGCCGCGCCCACCCCGGGCCCCCGGGGGAGCCUCGGCCAGCGCCACCCGAACAACUCGCACCACGGCCGCCGAGGCCACAAGGGCCGGGCCAAGGGGCAUCGCGCGGGCGAGGCCGGCGGCAGGAACCGGCUCAGGGCGCCGCGCGGGGGCGUGGCCGGGGCGGCCGAGUUGCCGUCGGGCGAGAGCGGUAGCCCGCACAACAGCCCGUCCGACAGCUACCCGGGCAGCAGCCGCAACAGCCCGGGCGCCGGGCCCCCGCUCGAGGGCGAGAGCACGCUCACGCCAUCAGAAGGCAGUGACACGAGCGCCGCGCCGCUCCCCGAGGCCGGCCGGCCGGGCCAGCGCCGCAGCGCCGGCCGCGACCACCUCAAGGGCGGCGGGGGCGGCGCGCUGGAGAAGGAGAGCCAGCGCCGCUCGUACCCGCUCAACGCUGCCAGCCUGAACGGCGCCCCCAAGGGCGGCAAGUACGACGACGUCACCUUGAGCGGCGCCGAGGCGGCCGGCGGCGGCUGCAUGAAGACGGGGCUCUGGAAGAGCGAGACCACCGUCUAG